AUGGGGCCCUACCCCUGGUCACCCAGGGGCAAACGAUUUUUGCUCGUGGUAACUGACAUGUUUACGCGAUGGACAGAAGCGUACGCCUGUAGCAACGCAAGGGCCACCACCAUCAUCUACAUCAUGACUCGUGAGUUCCUGCCUCGGUGGGGCUACCCGCAAUCAGCGCUGACAGAUAACGGCAGCCAAUUUCUGGGCAAACAGUGGCAAGAUUGGUGCAACCGGAUGAGAAUCCAGCACCACACCACCCCAGCCUACCACCCCAGGGACAACCCCACUGAGCGGAGGAACCAGGACUUGAAGGUCCAACUCCGCCUCAGGCUGGGCGACGACCACACCCAGUGGGACCAGCACGUCGUCGACGCAUUGUUUUGCACCCGCCGCCGCGUAAACGCCGCGACCGGACGAACCCCGGCGGAGAUGGUGCAGGGGAACAACCUGCCACUGCUAGGCGAGUGGGCUACCCACAGUGUCCCACACGCGGGAGAAGGAGAGAGGGAGCAUGCACGGCGCCUGACCGCAAUGCACAAGAUCGCCAGGCAGCGCCAGGCGAAUUAUAUGCAAGAAAUCACCCCCAAGACAGCGCGGGAGCCCCCCGCGGUACGAGCAGGUGAUCGCUUAUACGCCCGCGUCCACCCACUACGAGUGCGAAAAAUCCACCGCGACGACUUACGCCUCACCUCUAGCCCCGGGGAACCUCCACCAGAAGACCAAGACCAUGACGAACCCCUGGAACACGACAACCCGGAGGAGGGUCCCAGUUCAACACGCACAAGUGACAACCACGAUGACACACCACCAACACUAGAGACGAGCGCACAAAACUCAAGAGACCGACUACCACCCGUGCCAGAAAACCCGCACGAGGCAAUGACGCCUCACCAACAAGGGUGA